AUGGCCAUCGACUCCGGCGGCGGCGGCGGCGAUUGCAGCGGCGACGGAGCAAAGCGGCAGAGGGUGGAUAAGCAAGGGGAUCGAUGCGAAGUGGUGGGCUCGGAUGUGGUCCUGAUGGACCGCAUCUCUGCGCUGCCGGACGAGCUGCGGCAACGCAUCCUGACGCACCUCCCCCUCAAGGACGCCAUCUACACGGGGGCGCUCGCACGCGGGUGGCACAACCUGUGGAAGGGCCGGUGGGCGAACCGCGCCUCCCUCGAGGUGCACCCCUGCUCCCGCGACGCCCAGCAGAGGGAGCUGGACGCGUUGGAGCACGAACCGCGCCUGCGCCGCCGCCUCGACCGCUUCUCCCUCAUCGUCCACAUCUGGAAACUCCGACAUUCUUUUAUCACAAGCAGUCGCGGUCGGUGA